AUGCUGGCUCUUAGUAUUGUCUUGUAUGUCCUAUUGGGCACCUCCUUGGCCUUUGCCAUCGUUGAGCUGGGCCUCUCGGCUUUCAUUACUGCCGCAUAUUCUGGCACGCAAGAAAUCACGACCUGGAACGCAUAUUCGGGCUAUUCGUACGGUCAAAUCAAUGUGGAACCUCCGGCCAUCCUCGUCUUCCUUGUCUUCUCUUCAGUUUGGACUAUUCUUGUGACAGUCGCCGCCCUAGCGCUGCCCUGGUACUAUACUCGCAAGGGCUUCGUGACCGCAAAGCUCAACACUGUUCUCGCCGCUACCUUCGUGGCCAUUUACUUCGUCACUAUGGUAUUUUGGCUGGCAUGCUUCGCUGACCUCGCCAGUCUCCUUGGUGGUGGUACUAGUUUAAAUCCCUACUACAAUGCUGUGCUUGCCUUUGGCGUGCUCCUUUGGCUACUCUUUGUUGCCCUCGUUGUAUUCACCAUUCUUGCCAUGUGUGGUGUUUUGGUGUCUGACUGGGCUGGGUAUCAGUCUCUCAGGAAGGAGAACGAAGUUGCUGCGCACCAGACUAGUGCUGACCCUGCUCAUGAAGCGCCAAUGAGCGAACUGCCAAGCGCUUAG